AUGUGUGCUGAGGGCCACAUCGCCAAGACCCUAGGGUACCUGGAGCUGGGCACCUCUGGCCUCCUCAAGGAUGUCCCCUAUGGCACCCUAAAGCCCCCGAUGCUCGACCCCGGGCGGCUGAUGCCGGCCGAGCUCCCCCGGGGCGCCGGGCAGCCCAUCGGUGCGGCGCAGAGCCCCUGGGACUGGCAGAAGAACGGGACGGCCGGGGAGCUGCUGAGCCCCCGUGCCCGACGCAAGCCCUCGCUCAAGUCCGGCCGCACCAAGAAGAUCUUCGGCUGGGGCGACUUCUACUUCAACAUCAAGACGCUCAAGUUCAGCCUGCUGGUGACAGGGAAGAUCGUGGACCACAUCAACGGGACCUUCAGUGUCUAUUUCCGCCACAACUCCUCCAGCCUGGGCAACGUCUCGGUCAGCAUCGUGCCCCCCUCCAAGGCGGUGGGCUUCGAGGUACUGCAGAGCACCCUACCCGAGGGGCGCCCGGCCAAGGCCCUCAACUGCCACGUGGAGUACGAGAAGACCAACCGGGCGCGGAAGAACAAGCCCUGCCUCUACGACCCCUCCAAGGUGUGCUUCACCGAGCACACGCAGAGCCACGCCGCCUGGCUCUGCGCCAAGCCCUUCAAGGUCAUCUGCAUCUUCAUCUCCUUCCUCAGCAUCGACUACAAGCUGGUGCAGAAGGUCUGCCCCGACUCCAACUUCCAGCACGAGAAGCCCUACUUCGGCUGA